AACUUCAUUCCACUCCACAGAGGGAGAACACAUGCUGGAGACUUAACAGAGACAGAACAGAGAGUCACAUUGGACUGGACUUUUUUCUUGUUGGAUUACUUGUCUCAAGUCAGGAUCUUGAUGCAUUUGCGGCUUUGUAUCAGAAUAUAUGAAUGUGAAAGUCUGUUUGUGAAGUGUAAAUGUAAUUGUUACUGCAUAUAGACAUGGAUACAUCCUUUGCUGUGAGCGUCCCUCUCCUGGCCCUUCUGCUCUCUCUUCAUCUACACUGCCACUUCCUUGUUUGGGCCGCAAUGGACUCUUGCUAUGACGAGGAGGGCGCCCCAAGCCGUUGCAUGCCCAAGUUUGAGAACGUUGCCUUCAGUCGUACUGUGGUGGCAUCAAACGUGUGUGGUUCCCCACCUGAGGACUACUGCAUGCAGACUGGCUCAACACGCUCAUGCCACUACUGUGAUGCCUCAGAUCCACACCUGAGCCACAAUGCCAGCCUCCUGACAGACUUCAACAGGAAUGAGGAGCCCACGUGGUGGCAGAGCCAGUCUAUGUUUUAUGGUAUCCAGCACCCCAAUUCUGUCAACCUCACCCUUCACCUGGGGAAGGCUUUUGAGAUAACCUAUAUACGAUUAAAAUUCUACACCAGCCGACCGGAGAGCUUCGCCGUCUACAAGCGCACAGAAGAGGAUGGGCCGUGGUUGCCUUACCAGUAUUACAGCGCCUCUUGUAAGAAGACCUACAUGAAGAAUGCUAAGGCUUACAUUCGCCCAGGAGAUGAUGAGAGGACUGCUCUAUGUACAGAUGAGUUUAGUGAUAUCUCACCGCUGACCGGAGGAAACGUGGCUUUCUCCACCCUGGAGGGACGGCCCAGUGCAUACAACUUUGACCAAAGCGUGGUUUUGCAGGAAUGGGUGACAGCCACUGACCUGCUCAUUUCUUUGGACAGGCUUAACACCUUUGGAGACGAGUUCUUCAAGGACGCUAAAGUGUUGCGCUCGUACUUCUAUGCCAUAUCUGAUUUCUCUGUGGGUGGCAGAUGUAAGUGUAACGGUCACGCCAGCGAGUGCUUUGAGGGGGAACACAGGAGCCUGGUCUGUUCCUGCCAACAUCACACAGUGGGAGAUGACUGUCAGAGAUGUCACCCUUUUUACCAGGAUAGACCCUGGGCCAGGGCCACUGGGGAGUCCGCCAACGAGUGUUUAAAGUGUAACUGCAGUGGGAGGUCAGAUGAUUGUGUGUUUGACAUGGAGCAGUACCGGAGCACCGGCAGUGGGGGGCGCUGUGUGAGCUGCAGAGACAACACCGAUGGGCCCCAUUGUGAGCGCUGCAGAGAGAACCACUACAGGAAAUCAGCUGAAGAGCCCUGCCUACCCUGCAACUGCAAUAUUAAUGGUUCAGUGAGUCUGCAGUGUGAUGUAGAAGGAAGGUGUGCGUGUCGAGCUGGCGUGACAGGGGAGAAGUGUGACACAUGUCAGGCUGGCUUUCACUCGCUUGGCCCUGGCGGCUGCAGGCCGUGUGAGUGUGACCCCAGCGGGAGUGUAGAUGACUGUUCUCCUCUGGAUGGACGUUGUCACUGUAAGCCAAAUGUGGAGGGACAGAGCUGUGACAGAUGCAAGCCUGGUUUUUUCAACCUACAACAAGUAAACCCUGCAGGCUGCCAACCGUGUUUCUGCUUCGGCCACUCGCUGGCCUGCUCCUCAUCCAGUCACUAUGCUGCUGUCAACAUCACAUCGGACUUCAUUGAAGAUCAGGAUGGUUGGACGGGAGAGUUCUUUGGAGGGAACGAGUUCUCCCUGCAGUGGAAGGAAGGUGAAGUCUACUUGCUGCCUCUUACCGAGGAAGACGUUGGCUUCUACAAAGCCCCUGAGAAAUUCCUGGGUCACAGAGUCCACAGCUACGGCCAGCUCCUCUCCAUCACCUUCACCUCUGAGACUGUUGAGUUGCUCCCUAACCACAUCACCCUGCUCCUCCAAGGCUCUGGAAUCUCCCUGUCUGCUGACCUUUCACCCCAACCGGUGCUUGACCAUGAUCCCGGCCUCACACCACGGCACACCUUCAUUGUCAGGCUUCAUGAAAACGAGAUGAGAUAUAAACCUGCACUGUCUGCCUUUGAUUUCCAACAUCUCCUUUACAACCUGACAGAUCUCAGAAUCAGCAAUGCUGGAGGACACAACUACACAUCGCAGCUGGCGGGGGUAACCCUGACCUCAGCUUUCAUCUCCUCUGGUCCAGCUAGUCCUCCAGCCCCAUGGGUGGAAUCUUGCUCCUGUCCCCCGGGUUUUGCAGGCCAGUUUUGUGAGAGGUGCGCCCCAGGAUUCACCCGGGAAGACCCCGGCAGAGGGCCUCUCUCAACAUGUGUGCCAUGCAACUGCCACAAGCAUGGAACCUGUCACCCGGAGACAGGUGUUUGUAAGUGCUCAGACUUCACCACCGGGAUGACCUGUGAGCACUGCCUGGAUGGUUAUUAUGGCAACGCUUUGAUUGGCAUGCCUGGUGAUUGUCAGCCUUGCCCUUGCCCGGACCGCACCAGCUGUGCCCAAAUUGCAGAGACAGGACAGGUGGUCUGUACCAACUGCCCUACAGGACAGACAGGGAUGCGCUGUCAGAUGUGUGAAGACGGUUACUAUGGUGACCCCCUGGGACAAUCUGGGCCAGCUCGUCUGUGUGUGAGAUGCGACUGCAACGGCAAUGUGGACUUCAACGCGGUUGGAAUAUGUGACCACAUCACUGGCCGAUGUGUGAAAUGCCUGGGACACACAGAGGGGGACCACUGCCAACGCUGCCGGCGGGGUUUCUACGGCGAUGCCCUGAACCAGACAGUUGGCCAGAAGUGCAAGCCAUGCAGCUGCAAUCCUGCCGGAACCUCUGGGCAUGUAAAUGAAUGCCACCCUCAGACAGGAAAUUGUCAGUGCCUCAGUCAUGUGACCGGAAGGGAUUGCAGUUUUUGUGAAGUUGGCUUCUUCAACCUCCAACCCGAUGUAGGGUGUGAGAGGUGCAAGUGUAAUCCAAUUGGCUCAGCGUCAGUCGUGUGUCAUCCAAUCACAGGGCAGUGUGUGUGUCGUGCAGGAGUGGAGGGGAGACUCUGUGAUUCUUGCCGUGCGGGCUUCUUUGGAUUCUCGUCACGAGGUUGCAGAGCCUGUAACUGUGACCCAAUGGGCUCCAUUUCCAUGCAGUGUCACAGUAACGGUACCUGCCACUGUCGCCAGGGCUUCGUGGGUUAUAAGUGUGACAAAUGCGAGUUAAACUAUUUCCACGCCAGAGACACACACCAGUGUGAGGAAUGCCCAGUUUGCUAUGGCCUUGUCAAGGAACAGGCAGAAAAGCUGAGGACUCGCCUGCAGGAUUUGGAGAAGCUCUUAGCUCACUUUGAUUGCCGAGGUAGAUUUGGGAAGCAGCACCACCUGCUGAAGUAUCACAUGGCCAGGCUUUAUGAGCAUGAGCACCAGAGGGAGGAUACUCUACCCAAUGCUCUGGAGGAUUUUCUGGCCUUCCAAGAAGCACGGGAGGCCUUCAUAAAACAAUUUUCCUUGCUGGAAGCUUCUACAGGCACACUCUUAGCCCAGCUUCAUGGCAUUACAUCUACUUUGAACUGCAGCAUCAGCAUGACACAGGAAGAGAGGAAGGAGAGCAGGAAGGAUGAAGGGAGCAGGGGUGUUUGUCAAACCUUCACAGGGACGAUUGUCAUGAUCAGAGCGUCUCAGCAACAGCUAAAGAGGGCAACAAUGGACCUGGACAACAUGAUAAUUCCUUUUGAGGUGGUGUCAGGACCUAACAAAUGGAACAUUAUGGUCAAUGACUCACAGGUCCUGAUGAAAAGUCACAGAGAAACGGCAGACCACAUUGAGGCCGUAGCCAGCAGGGCGGUAAGAGCCUCAAAGCAGACCUUCGGUUUCCUGAUGGAUCUACUGCAGGACAACUCCACAGAGGAGUACAUCAGGAACCUAACUGAGCAAAUAGCACAAAUGCAGCAGCAGAAGGAGAACCUGACAGCACAGGUGAAUGAUACUGUAGCCAAACAGCUGGCCCUGGAGGAGGAAGCUGCUGGUUUAAAGCUUGCCCUGGGUAACAUCACAUCAUCCUUACAUCAGCUGGCUCUGACAGAUGUCAGCCCAUCAUCAGAGCUUGACCAAACACAGCUCAACCAAACACAUCCAACCAACCGCACAACAGAGUGGGGCGAGGACCUGAUAGAACAGACAGAAGAGAUGGACCGGCAAAUUCAGACUAAAGACAAUCUCAUCACUAAGAUCAGAGCGGAGACUGAGUCUGUAAAACAGAACACCAACAAGAAACUGGAGAUGGUGGAUGAUGUCAGCGAGCUGCAAGUUCGCGCUCAAGGGGCAAAGGUCAAGGCUUUGUCGUCUGUGGUGACAGGGAAAGAGGUGGAAUCAGACGUCAUCACACUGCACAAAGAACUAGAAAACAUGGUGAGGGAGUGGCCCCGUCGGCAGGCCCAGACCCACACUGCAAUAAAGAAGGAAAAACCCCUGGAGGAGAAGGUUCUAGCUGAUGUCAGGAGAAGAGUUUCACAAAUUGAGAAGAUCCUAGAACCAGCUCUGGAGAACUCCAGCCUCUCCAGCAACACAACGAAGGAGGUGGAACAAACAGCACAUGCUGUGGCAAAGGAAUCCAAAGCCAUUCUGACCCAGGCCAAGCAUACAAGGACUGCGUCUGCUCACCUUCACUCCCAUGUAGACUCAGCUUUACAAAAGUUAGCUGAGCAGGAGACGCUAACUGACACAGCCAACUCCCAGAUCACCUCGGAGCCUGAGGUGUCCCUGACCAGCGUAAAGGAGGACAUGGAAGCAGCCAAGCUUCAGUUAAAGGCUUAUUCUGUUACUCUAACUGAGUUAAUCAGCAAAAUUGAUGGGAACGUGCCGCUGGAGAGAUUUGACCGGAUCUUGAACGAGACAGCACGCCGCCUGAGCAUGCUUCGAGGGAGCGUUGAGAGCCCGACACUGGGCUUGAAAAUCCAGAAGCUGCAGUCGGCUGCUAAGGAACAACAGAGCCGGAUGUCCCUCAUUGAACAGGACUUACAGGAGAUCAGGGAAGAAAGAGACAGUCUCAGGGACAUUGCCUUAAACCUGCCUCAGUCUUGCCCCCAGGCCACAGGAACAGGCAAAGGCUAGACACAGUAGAUGACAGUCAUUUGGUCAUUGAUUAGACAGCUGAACAUCAGGAAAGCCUGCGAGGAUUUUGUCAAUAAAAGGGGCUGUGGUCAUUUUUUAUUCUGCUUCAGAAAAAGUCAGUGACAUCCUUUCAUAUUCUUCCCUCUUUCCACCUUUUGCCCCAAGGUACAAUUUAUUGUACACCUCGAUACAGUGACACACACAUUUCCAAAAGCCACAGACUUAAACACUGUCAGCUAUGAUUUAUACCUUUUUCUUCCUCAUUCUUCUUUUUGUUUUUUUUCCUUCAUUUUUUUUCCCUCCCUCUCUCAUUUUUACCAACAACAUCAGAACUUUAAUUUCACCAUGAAUAAUAACCAGCCGCUCUGAACUGCUGGAGUGCACUGUCAAGUUUAAAAUAAUGCUGAUUUUCCUUUGUGGGGGUAAAAGGUGUAUCUGAGUGCUCCUCCAGACUGACACAUUCAUUUACACUUGAGCUCUUUUUCAUCAGCCUGGCUUAAUUAACAAUUAGUCCCUGUGGCCUCAGUGGGGUUCAGGUCAGGCUUCAACAGCACAUAACCUGUGUUUGGGAUUCUUACAGUGCCUACCUCUCUGUUUUUGUGGUUUCUCCAUUUUUCUUUCUCUCUGUGUCACUAUCAAAUGGUCAGACAUCCCUUGUCUUAGGGUCAAAUGUAAAAGUUAAUGAUCUUUGUAUUACGAAUAUUGUAUUGACUCGUGAAGUGAUGGUAUACCAAAAUUCUGUAAGAGACACAUUUCUCUGUUCUUUUUUUAAUGCUGAAUAACCAAUCAGGUAUCAGACUUAGUCAAUUUGACUCAUCCAUGUGUCCUAGUAACACAUCCACAUCUACUUAACGUAUUUGUAACCAUGUCUUAAGUAUGUAAGGCCUUCACAUAGAAACCAUUACAUAGUAAAGUAUACUUGAAAGGGUCAUUUUGCAUACUAAAAUGUCCCUAAUUUUUAGUGGACACUAUUGUAAAAUAGUGCAGUGCACAUGGAAAUGGAGGAGCUACUCCCAGUUGAUAAAGGGCUUAUAUUUGUUGAUGGUUCAAGAAAUUAUCAGAAAACAAAAACAAUAAAAAUAAGUAUUCAUCCUUGAAAAA